AUGACAGUCGACGAGGUCGACGCGAACACGUCCCCUGAGAAGAACGAGUUCCACGCCAAACCAAAAAGCUGGCUCGACCGACUUCUCGGUACGGCAUUCUUCCGCGUCUGGCCCACCCUCCUUUUCAUGGGCGGGUGGAGCGCUAUGGUAUGCCUCGUCAACGUCAAGACGAGCGUCAACCUCACGGUGCCGCACACGAUGAUCACGGUGCUCGGUGUGUUGCUCGGUUUGACCCUCAGCUACCGCACGUCGUCGGCAUAUGAAAAGUACUCGGACGGCAUGAAGCAGUGGGGGAACAUUACCCUCGGGAGCCGCAAUUGGGCGCGCACAAUCUGGCUGCACUGCCCCGACCACACCGAGAAGGCGCCAGUUAACCUACUUCAGGAUAAGACGGACGCAAUAAUCGAGAAGAAGACCGUGGUGCAGCUGGCUCUGGCCUUUGCCGUCGCCAUGAAGCAUUACCUGCGCCGCGAGAAGGGCACCAACUACGACGACCUGCACCACCUUGUAGCCUUCAUUCCGACGCUCAACACGUCGCACUCGACCUCCAUGGGAUCGACCUCCAUGCCCUCCGGCCUUUCUCCUCGGCCGGACGCCCCAAAGCGCAGCUGGACCGGCAAUGGGACGGGGCACGAGAUGCUGCCAGCAGAGAACCCGUACCCUCACGAGCCUUGGUACCAACUCCACUCGCCAUUCCACUUGACAUCCGAGCCUGAAAGCAUUGGGGCGGUCGAGUCCCAGACGCCGGCGCCUACCCAAACGCCCCCGCUCGCCAUCCCAGGCGACCAAGACCACGGCGAGGGCCAGAACGUCCCACUCGAAAUCACACACUUCAUGGCCAUGUACAUCGCUGAACUGCAAGAGCGGGGCACGAUCGACUCGCCGACGACGACGGCGCUGAUGAACGCCGUUGUUAUGCUGUCAGACGCACAGGCCAACCUCGAGCGGAUUCUGAAUGCACCCAUCCCGUGGAGCUUCAGCGCGCACAUACACUCUGUUAACUGGAUAUACUGCCUCGUGCUCCCGUUCCAGCUGUACGCGAGCGCGUUCGGAUGGGUGACGAUCCCUGCCACCGUUAUCACCGCGUUCAUCAUCAUGGGCUAUGCGUCCAUAGCUGAGGAGAUCGAAGACCCGUUCGGGUACGACCGAAACGACUUUGACACGAACCACUUUUGCAAGGACAUCAUUGCGAAGGAGCUCGCGGCGGUCACCUCGCGCCCGCCACUCAAUAUACGCGAGUGGAUCUUCAACCACCACAACAGGUCACUGGGAAAGGACACCAACGCCAAGACACUGGCCGAGAUUGGAGAUCCCAGCGUCGUCCACCAAUACCUCAAGCUCGGUUCUCCGACGAAGUCGAACUUCCCUCCCAACUCGCAUCCCCCUUCUUCGACAUCCCUCCAGCUCCCACGCAACAACAAGAACAAGCGACACGCCACCCAAUCAUAG